GAAGCGUUCUAAUUGUCUACUGUACAACUGUUUGCAAAACUCUAGUUGACGUUGGAUUUAUUUCUUCUGGUAUGGGCUUGGUUUUGGCUUGGUAAUCGUAAUCUAAAACGUUUUUUGCUAAUCCUUAAGUGCAAUGAAAUCGCUGAAUUUUGCGGGUUUUAUAUUAGCUGUCAGCAAACAGUUCGACAUUGACAGUUUAUAAACAUCUAUACAAAAUUUGGUUCCCUGCGCAGUAACCUCUUUGAAGCAGCAAAUCAGAUGACUGAAUAAAACCAGCAACUGUGUGAGAUGGUUCUUAGAUUGCCACAACGAGCUUCAAAGAUACCACAUAAAGCCCCCGUACAAAACCAAUUGGAAAUGGAAGCCAGGGACUUAUACUGGAUAGCAGCUUUGAUUAUCGGUUCGUCAGCAAUAGCUGCAAAUUUGACUGUGAUUGUGACGUUUUGUCGCUUCAAAAGACGAAUUUUGCGUCGCAAAGUCAACAAAUUUCUGCUAUCACUUGCCUUCGCAGACCUGCUUGUUGGCGUGUUCAGUGUGUCAUUAGCGUCGUGCUUGCUGUCCAACCAACACGGAAUGGUAUACAAAGUGGCUGGUAACAUUCCCCUCUUUGGUAGUUUUUUCGCAUCCAUUUUGUCUCUGUCGCUGUUGUCUUUUGACAGAUUAAUAGCAGUUGAAAUGCCGCUAAGGUAUUGCUCGAUUGUGACUUGCAGGCGCAUAGCAGUUGCUCUUGCUUCAAAUUGGGGGUUUACCUUUCUAAUGUGUGUACAGCAAUAUUCUUUUUAUUUUGGCUUUUCUUACCGAGUUGAGCUGAGAGCACGUGGAACAAUAAUGAUUAUAUGCUUUUUCGUUGGUGCAACGAUACUAACCCUCACAAAUGUGUUACUGUACAAAGCUACAAAGGAGCAGUAUUUAAAGACUACAGAAAGUGAAGGUUUCUUUCAUAUAGAGAAAAGCUGCGGAGAAGAUACCGGGAGAGGCGAUACGCCGAAAAGGAGACGCCCAAAGAUGUCGGAUCUAGCAGCAACUAGAGAAUGUUUAUGCAUCGUUCUAGUUUUCAUUUGCUGCUACCUGCCGUUGUCGUUUUACCGUCUUAUUUAUACAUACGGCUUUACUUUCAAUGAUUUGCACGGAAGGAGAAUAUGUCUUUUAAUUGCGCUACUUAGUAGUGUUAUAAACCCAUGGAUCUAUUUCUUCAAGCGAAAGCAUUUUAGGGCCUUACUUUCAAAAAGACCUGCAAAACCGGAUGAAGAAACUUUCAAUCUGUAAAGUUACACGAAUGAAUAAUAAAUGCAAAGGGAACAUUUCUUGCAAUAUGUCAGAUAACAAGGGAUUUUAAUUUAUCCAAGCAAGCAAUAAAGCGAUUAUAUAAUUGUUGUCAACUAGUAUGAAUCCAUGCUGCCCAUAAUCGGCUUUCGAUAUACAGAUCUGUAUAUAAGAAGAAGAGCUGCUAAAUCAUGACCAUGUGCGAAAAACCUCCAAAGAAAACACCAGAAUAUUCAAUCAAAAUUACUGUUUACUUGUCUGUCAUAAAGUGCUUAAUGCUAUAAAGGCAGAACUGUAAACGCAACAGUUGCCUGAUUACUUGAUUAAGUUUGAAACUCGGUCAGAGAAGCAACUCAAAACCGUCCUGUUCUAUACACCAAAAUCGUAACGUACGAAUUCGUCGGCAACAGUAAGCAAAAGUAGCUUGCCCUGGGUACCAGAGCCUCAUUAAUCCGGAGAUAAAGUAUUGCAGACAGCUGCGAUUUCUCACUCAAAAAGAUUAUCUGAGACUGGAGACUCUGGUACCCUGGGAAGAUGUAGCUUUGUUCCUGAACUAGAUUUGCACUUUUGUUUGUGAUCACAACUUCCUCUUUAUUGCAUUUUUGCAUAUUUUGCACAUUUUACUUGUAACCCUUAUUGGCCAUGUGUACUAUGCUGAAGGUAUUAACAGACUAACGCAGUUUAAUUAACGCAGAAGUAAUAAUAUGAAUAACUGACUUACCUAAUACAGAAAUACUCUUUGAUAUAUUUAUUGUAAUGUUCUAGAAGUUUCUAGAAAAGUAUCAUUCCAGAAGGUUCGAGAAAGCGGAAAGAUUUAUUUUACAAAAAAUAGAAUUUAACUAAUACUACGAAUGUACUAGAAUGAUAUGAAAAUAUGAAAAAUAAACUAGAAUGUUAUACAGUAUCUAAACAAUCUGGUAUGAGUGUAUGUUUCCAACAUAUUAUUUAGAAUAGGGCAUAUUUCGUAGCGAUCAAAUUGUCAUCAUCAAUAGAGUAAUAUACAUAAUAGUAAAAAAUGCCAAGCAAAUUAGUCCGAAUAUGACUAGCAAAGUGAAGAGAAGACAGCUAUGAAUUCUGACAUAUUCCGUAAAAUAAGUUUAUUGCGGCUUAUAUAUGAGCUGUAAUUACAUUAUUGGUGUUUCAUCGACAAAAUUAAGUUUAUCUGAGGUGUAGAAAUAAAUUUUGUAGAAAAUAUAAGUUGCAGAUGUAUGAGGAUAUUAAGUCAAAGAAGAGACUUGUCCAUUGGUUUGACAAAGUGUAUCGUCUCUUCCGUGAUCUGAUGUGUACUCGCAUAACGAUUAAGCAACCAUCUGUAUGUUUUAUUAACAUCAACCUAAGUUCUAGAAGUAUAUCUCUUCUCAGCAAAUUGCUCUCCCUAUUUUUACCUAAUGCAGGAUCAAAGUCAUAUUGAAAUAAUUUUAUUAAAAUAACUUCAAAUUCAGUACGGGAAAAACAAAAGAAUUACAUAAAAACUGCAAGUCAAGGUGGAUAAUACCCUGGGUUCCAGAGCGUCAAGUGUAGCAAGUGGGGCGUCGAGGAAAUACACUGACGCUCUGGAACCCAGGGUAGGUAGAUAAGAAAUUUUAAUUAAAGUAUCAGUCACGUGGGAUUAACCUGAAAAAUUGGUUCUAGUAUUCCCUGACCGGAAGUAUGCUGAUGACUCGAAAAGUACUAGGGAUUGAGGAAGUUUGAAAAGAUGACGAAAUGUGGAAUUUCAGGCGGAAAUAGUUUAUAAUGAGGACAUUCAAAUGUUAUAAAAAGUAUUUUUAGUUUCUCUUGUACCUUGAUUGUUAGAUAUACUAGGAAAAAAUGUUAGAUAUUUUAUAGAUUUUAUGAAAAGAACACAUUCCGGCCCUUCCGUUUUGGAAGCUUUCUAGCAUCUUCAUUUUUCCAAAUAUAAGAAUAUACUUCAGAUAUAAUCGUAAAAUCUGGCUAUUCUCGGGAGUUUAGAAACGUUACAUAAAAAAUUGGAAUGGCAUAAAAAAAUUGAUGUUUCAUUCAACGAUCUUUUUGUGGUACAAAAAUUAAAAAUGGCUUUGAUAAAGCAAACAUUUGAGCUGGAGCUUUUCGUCUGACACUCUUCAGAGUAUAAAACGUCAGAACAUAGAUCAAAACACUAUGCUAGGAAAUAUAUAUACCCAGUUGUGGAUCGAAAUAGGCCAAUCAGAAACGCGAGCACAUGACUGUUGAGGCUGUCCAAUCAGUGCCGCUUGCCUAUUGAAAAUGUUACCAAUGGAGUCCUAGGGUGAAAACGAACUCCUUCUGUCUACACCGCUUUUGUAAUCUUUUGUGAAUCUCCCUUUGUCUGCAUCGUUUCUCUUUCAACUGAUAGCAUUGAUAAUCCUUACGUUGUAUGGAGUCAAUGGACAGGUGAUAAGCACGUAAUUAUGAUAACUUGGUCUAUACCAAUCAUUAGGUAUGAUAUCAUGCUUUUUGGAUCGAUAUCCUUGAAGAUAAAAUCAAAAGCUGUCAUCAUUUCAAAGAAGAAUGAUACAAAAGAAGAAUCCAUUAUACGAGUUGUCUAUCAACAGCUGCAAAACCUGAUUUUUAGAACCUUUUAGAUUUUAGAUAUUGCCAGGGAAUAAGCCAUGAACGAUUUUUUUUAAAAAGGUUAGAAAAAGCGGGCAUCUAAAGACACACUAAAGCUUUUUACUUGAGAGAAUAGUGAUAAAAAAUGUGAUCCUGCGGGUCUAGAACAACCUAAAAUACUUUUGGAAUCGCAAAGGUUUGUUAUGAAAACAUUUAAUCUACUGCUGGUACUCCAGAAUAUUGCACCCAAACAUUUCAUCCAAUCUUCAAUUUCUCAUCAUAUUCAUCAAUCUCUGUUUACAUUCAACGCCUACACUCUACACUUUACACUCCCAAUCUGUAUACCGCAAAAAUAAUUUCUCUAAAGACACUCCCAAUUACAAAACAUAACAAUAAAAGGUAUUAAUGAGCUAAAUAUUAGUAUUAUGUGAUUUGCACAAUUGCUCUGUAGCCAAUCAUAUAUAAAAUCUCAAGAUGAAGUGUCAAGCUUAACAAAUUAGUCAUUAGUGUAACAUAAAAACAACAAGAAUAUCGCUUAUUGCGAUGCUUUCGUGGGACUGUGAUGCUGCGCAGCGCAAAGUUCCCCCACACGGUUGCUUAACGGAGGAUAUACGAUAUUUGCCAAAAACAGGGUUUGCAGCCCCAUGCUCCAACGCUCUGUGUUUCAAAUUAGUUUGCUUGUUAUUGUUACAACCUACCGCUGGGUCAUUUUUAGCAUACUUACUAAGAGAGAGGGGCGAUUGCCCCUCAAGCCCAAAUAAUUUUCUAUUGUUUUAAACAAAAGGCAAUUGUCAUUUUUAUUCACCUCGAAAAUGCUCUGACUUGUCUCAAGGUGGUUUCAGGUGAUUUGCAUGUGAUUUCAGAUGAUUUCACGUGAUUUCAGGUCGUUUCAGGUGAUUUCAGGUGAUUUUAACUUUUAUAACAUACGGUCUAAAAGUCUAAAUAGAUAUAUUUAGCUUGAAGAUAAUAAAAACAAAGCUAUAAUUAAAGAAGAUACUAGGAAAAUGAACAAAAAGGGGCUCCCAGUUAAAAAGAACUGCUACUACGUAAGAUCUGUUAGAGUAAGCUUUCCAAAGUUGUGUUAGAGUUCACUUUCCAAAUAUUUUCUAAACCUAUUAUUGCAAGAAAGUCAGGGGGCUAUAGCUGUGCGGUGCCUGGGAAUAACAGAAAGUUGGCCACUCUCCGCACUCUAAGUGGAGGUCUUUUCGUGUCAGUAAAUCGAGCCACAGAACCUUUUUGUCCUCAGCCACUGGUCCUCUCAAGACAAUCUGGCUGCUGCUAGAAAAUUUUUUUCGAGUUUCUCGAUCUUGUAUCCGCGACCAAAGUUAAUCAAGCUCGGGACCUACCUGGCUAGGGCUUACUGAGAAUAUAUUUGGGUAUACCUUCUAACUUAUAUAGCUUUCUACUUUUCAAAAACUCAAAUAAACAAAAAAUUUAAUUCUUGUUGAAGCAAGAGCCUUGCAUUAUUCUUUAAUUAUUCUUAAAUUUCGGCGAUUUUGAGCCUUAAUAUUCUUAUAGACUAUAUUCCUAUAUAAAAAGUGUGUACACUGCAUA